UACCUCGUUUGCGAUAUGGCAAAUUUUUCGCGCGAUAGUGAGGUAAAUUGUCAGUCGACAAGCAACCAUCGGUACGUGCGUAUUAUAAAAACAUUCGAUGUUAAUUUUUGUUUGGUGACUAUGGAGAGUAGUAAUAUGACAGAAUUCGAAGAAAACGUGUCCUUCGAUAUCGAUGACCCGGACUUUGCACCAUCGAAAAAUACUACUAUUACUCAUAAUAUUCUUCGAGGCAUGCAAUUCACUGAUAUUACAUUUGGUGUUAAUAAAUUUUUAACUCAUCAAAACAACAUGUCUGUGACUACAACUGUGCAGCCAGCUACUGAGAGUCUUUCUCGCCAUGGAAGCAACAUUUCUUUGUCCUGCCACAGUUCGUGCGGAAGCGUUGACGAUGGCCUCCAAGGAUCUCAUCCUCAGUAUCAGGAUACAAUCCUUACUAUUGAGGAACUUCGUGCUCAAUUGAAUUCUUGUUUCACAUGUGGAGUUUCGUGGAGCGAAGAACACGUUUCUCUCGAUUGCAGUGAAUGUGGUGGUUAUUCUCUUCAACGACCGUGCCCACUUUGUGACGGACGUUGCCGCACCUCGUGGAAACGCGACCUUACUAUGUCCCAUGCCAGUGGUAAAGCAAGAUGGAUUGGUGAAUGUGGACUGAGUUGCGGACCUUCUAUCGAGGAACCAUUGGUGCCCGCAUUGGAAAAGCUACGAGCUACUUCGUGAACGGUGUUCAACGACGAAUGCAUAGAAAGACCGUUGUCGUAUACCGUCAACAAUGCACAAGACUUAAUCCAUCACCAUCCAUAUAGCAUCACCCCCACCACCAUUGUGCGAGUUGAAAACGUGUGAAUGUGGAUUCUGGAUGCAUAGAUGAUACAUUAUGUUCCUCAGAAGCAAGAACGGGGACAAAUAACAUCGGACAAUGAAACCGUUCUUUUUCCCAUGGCUUCCUGUUUGACGAUGGCAUUACGUUUGAACGAUCCAUUAUUAGUGAAGAAUCUUCUUAUUGUCAGAGCUCUAGCGUACAUUCGCUAUUUUCAUCAUCAUAUAUUAAAGCGCCAUCUGGAUUUAAAAAAAAGCGAAAAAUUACUAUGCGGAAUUUUCGCUAUCGACGAUGCUUCUUGAUCCAUAAUUAAGAAUAUAAUGCAAUAUGACGUUCGAUAUCUUUGUAUUAUUAUAAAUUUCGAAUUCAUAUUUUAUUCGAAAUGUUAUAUUAAUUGUUGCGGCAAACUUCGACGCGUAAUUUCAUUAUUUCAACACAAUUACACACAAUUCUGUAUAAAAUAUCACAAAACAGAUUAGGAAAAUGGUUUUAAAUUUAAAAAAAUUUUUAAAAUUGAUUUAAUGAAUUGAUUUUUUAAAAUAAAUUAGUAAUUUAAUAAUUAUAUAUUUAAAAGAAAUUAAUGAGAAUUUUAAUUAUGUUUUGUUGAUAUUAAUGAUUAGUUAACAUUCGUGCAAAUUUUCAAAUUGCGUUUUAUUAUAUAUACAUGUUUUACUGUAACGAAGUGUUGCAAUAUUUUGACAAAGAUAGCGAGAAGAUACUUGUACGAAAUAGUAAUAGAAAUCGUGAAUAAGUUGUUCUAUUCUAAAUCAUCAUCGCAUUCAUAUCAUUGUUUUACGGAUCUGUAAUAAGUAUUCCCAUGUUUAGCUUGUAACAAAAAAAAAAAAAAACAUUUUAGAAACAUUUUAUUAAUUAAUGCAAUUUGAUCUCGAAGAAAUGCACAACGUUCCAGGUUUAAGUAACAUUUUACGCGAUUAAACAGUAAAAUUUCUUAUAUUAGGGUGAUUUGUAAAAAAUUAAUAUUUUGAAUACGUAGUUCAAAUGACACGAAAGAAGUAAUCUAAAGAAUGGAAACAAUAUAUUUACUUGGUACUAUUGAAAAGAUUCAUUAAAUCAAAAUUAGAAAUCAAAUUUUUACUGAAAGACUAUUAGUAGUCUGAUAAUUAAAAAAAAUUUGCAAUAUAAUAUAUAAAAAGAUGUUUUUUGUAUUAAAUUAAUAGAUUUAAUUUUGUUAAUUUAAAUUACUAAAUUAUAAAUUCAGUGAACUUUCUGUAUACAAUUAAAAAUUCAUUUCAUAGAUUUUUGUAUUAUAUUAAAUGAGAUACAUUUUUUGUCCGAUUUGGUAUUAAGUGUCGAAAAUUACAAAAUUAACAUAAGAAGCAGAACUGUGAGGAAAUAUCGGUCGAAGUAUAAGAAUUAAUAAACUCGAAACUUCUUUUUACAAAUUAAAAAUAUGUCGUGUUUCUAAAAAAAAAAAAAAGAAAAUCACGAUUUUGCAAAAUUGCAAAAUGUAAUUUUAAAUUUAUCAAGUAAAAAGUAGUAAAUUUGAAACUUAUUUUUCACUUACUGUUUUCCACGUAAUAUCACGUUUCUACUCAAUUUUGGCUAAAUAAUAUAUAAUUUACAAGAAAAAUGAUCAAAGAGAAGCAUUUAUGUUGGUGCCAAUAAUUUUAUUGAAUUUUUAUCAUUUCAUAUUAUUUUUUAAAACGUUCAUUAAAAUGUUUGUAAUAUUAGAUUUCACAAAAUGAUUGUAUAAUUUGUGCACAAUUUAUUUUUGAACAUAUCUGUGUAUUCUUUGAUGGUAUAAUGUUUCGUAUGUGAGAACAUAUUCAUUAAGUCCAUGCUCAUUUUAAAUUAAAUUGUAACUUGUAAACAUUUUCUGAAGUAUUAGCUACGAGUUUUAGUUUAAUGCUUUAGAAAAUAUGUUUGGUAGCAAUUUUUAUUUAAUCCGUAAAAUUCUUAUUUAUGACCAGAACAUAAAAAUUAUUAUUAUUAUGGGUUUAAUAAACGAUAUUCGUCAA